UUUAAUUUCCGUCUGAUCGCUUCCAUCUGCUUUUGUCAUCGUCAAAUUGAACAAGCCGCCCGUUUUCUUCACCGGCUCCGAACGAUCACGCUGGUGGCCCAUCCGCGCCUUAACCCUCCUUCGGAUCUACUCCCAUCGUUUCCCUGUUGUCGCGUCAGCCGUCCAGGUGUUGGUGAAUGAACUAUACGGAGUAUGAUUUAGUGUAAAAGACCAAAAUUGAAUGAUACGUAGUUUGAUCAAGUGUGGGAACUGAGUUGAAACUUGAAACAGAGUUAACAAAUACUCCGUAGCAUGUAGAUGUAGCUGGAAUUCAGAUAAAUUAUCUAGAAUGGGACUAUUUCUUCUGAAGCACCCCCUCUUCAUUUUUGGAUAUACACAGUGUGUUCAUAUUUGCCCAGGGUAAAAAAGGAUCUGAUUGCUUGAUUUUCAACGAGUUGGGGUGUAUCGGUAUUUCUUUCGGUUCAGAAGUCUGAUUGCAGAAUCGCAAAUAGUUCACAUAAAAUCAAUUUCAACUUUACCAAACCAAACGGGUACUAAAAAACCAGUUCAUCCGAUCUUCAUCUCUCAUCUCAGCCAGACGGUCGUACGCACUACGCUAUACUGUUUUCUCCGUUUCAUCUCUUCCCCUGAGGUCAGACGCUGUCCACAUCACGCCGUUUGUCUAAUGCCUUGAGGCAUUCGUCUAAUAGGCUCUAACAAUUUCAAGCACUUGACAUCAGCAACAGCAGGAAUUCUGGGUGUUAUGAGAGUGAAGAUAGCCUCCUAUUUAUAUUUUAUAUAUAUGCUGUAGGAAGACACUGAUUCUUUUCUGGAAAAUUAAAAUCAACGAACAAGAGCAUGCCUAGAUGCUAGCGGAAUGAUUCACACCUUGCAACCAACUCGGGACCUCGAGUCUAAUUGGUCAGUCGAUAUUGUAACAAGCCUAGAAGCUUAUUUACUAGAGAUUUGUUCUGGCAAAGUUUCUGGUCGAGAUGGUGCCCACCAAAAUCCUGUAAACUUCUCUAAAGCUGCAUUGCUGCUUCAAGAUUCUGCCCAGGUAUAUAGUAGGAAGGUAGAGUACCUGUAUUCAUUGGUAUUACGUGCUUUGGAGUCCAUUUCUCAGAAGAGUGAGAAACAAAACACGGUGAAUGGAUCAGCCGGAACAGAAGCAAGUGGUUCAAAUGAUGCUCCUGAUGACCCUUUUUGGGGAUUAGAUGACAUUCCAGAGCAACCUAAGAACUUGCUAGACAAUACAACCCCCAAAGAUGCAUUACUGAAUCGCGUUGUUAAGGCCCCUGCAAACCUAGUUGUGCUUGAGGGUGACAGCUUUGAUGCAAUUGGAGAUGCUGGAGAACUCGAGUGCUAUUUGCUUGCCACCUGUGAUGUGUACAGGGAUUUUAUUUUAUUGGAUACAUGCGAUGCAACAGCCAUUGAUAAUUUUUUUACUAAUGAAAACAAAACCGGGAAAGGAUUGAACAGCAGCUGCAAAGGCCGCAAAAGUGUGCAACAUUUUACAAGACAGUCUGGAGGAGUUGGCAAGCCUUCUUCAGCACGAAAGAACCAAGAACCCGAUUUGAACCUGUCUCCAAGAAUUGAUAAUGAUUUCAGAACAAAUGACCAUAUGCCUGAAAAUCAUGAAGGCUUGUAUGGGGUGGAAGAUGUGUUUUCAGAGCCAAAGGAUUUCAGUGACUCAGAUGAAGAUGAUGAUUUAAAUCCAUGGAAACCCUUAAAUCCCCAUGAGCCUGGAAAUUUUAAAGAUAAGCCAUACAGGAGAGUGAAAGCUAAAAGAAGUCAAGGUACGGGUUCCAAAAAACAUAUGCAUGUGAUCACUCAGUUUCCUCUUGCAAGACCGCAUGGAAACAUUAGUUUGCACCUUAAUGAUAUAUGGGAGAAGUGUUUUGCCACAAAGAAGAUGGAUGAAUCUCAGUCUCCGCUACCGUAUGAAAAGUUGCGACAAUCUCUCUUUCAUUGGGAAAACAUUGAUGGUGAUGUCUUUCACAGUACUGAAAACAACACGGAUUAUGACUUUGAUAACACAAAUUACUAUUCUGGAUCACCUGACUUCCACACGCCUGAAACUGCUGAACUGAAUGAAGAUGAAAAUGUGAACACUGAUAAGGUUAUGCAGCAUGGAAGUGAUGGUGUUCCUUUUGACCACGAAGGUCAUGAAGAUCCUAACACUCAUCGAACUCUGGAAGAUCUUUGCCGUUCCCAUUUGGAUUCUCUACUUGCAAACCUUGCUGAAACUGAACGCCAGACUGAAAUGGCUGCUAGGGUUUCAACAUGGAAGCAGAGGAUUGAGCAGAACCUAAAUGAACAAGAAUUACAUACGCCUUUUGAUAUUCAUGAGUAUGGUGAUAAGGUUUUAAGUAAGCUGUCUUUGAAAGAAAGCAGUGCAAAUGGUGUUUCAUUUUCUGAUAUUGUUAGCGGAGAAGAAAAGCAUAAUGUUGCGCGGACAUUCUCUGCACUACUGCAACUAGUCAAUAAUGGGGAUGUAGACUUGCAAAGAGGCGGAGCAGAAGGAGAGUCAAGUGUGUACACUGGUGCAAACCCAUUUUACGUUCGACUCCUUCAGGGGGGAGUGAAAAUGAGGGAUAAAGUCAAACUUCACAUAUCACCAAAAAAGAAAACAAAAUCUCCCGUAUUGAAAGGGAAUCCCAGAGGUGAGAAGAACAAGAGGGGUGGAAAAGAGAAGCGUCCUGAUACUUCAUCUCCUCCUCCUCGCGGUUCCAACAACUCAAACCGUAGGUUCACUUUGCAGGUGGGCAGAAGGACAAGUAGAUGCACUCCUGUUGGUAAGAAGAGAAGAAAGUCCCAAUUGUUGGAGCAGCCAGUGGACUUGCAUACUGGAAUGUCAUGUGAAUGAACAUUACCAGGAACCAGAUGUGCUACCAAGACCUCUUCACGUUGUCUAUUUCACAUCCUGGAGUUUGUUCUGUUAUAUAUUUCAGGUGUAUUAAUAUUUAGGUCACAAUUUUCUCAGCUUGCCGAUGUAUAUUGAUUCCAUCUCCUUAACUUGCUAUUAGUUAGUGAUUGUACCUAAUGAAAGAGGCAGUGUAGCCAUUAGUCUGCUAAUUUAGUUUAUUUCAGAUUUAUUCCUUUCAGGCUCAUCUUGUAUUGUAAACUUAACUUCUAAUCUGGUUAGUUAAUUCAAGUUUGCUGGCUUUUAGUUCCUGAUUGCAACCGAUCUU